UUCAUUGAGGUGUUGGUUGUUCAGACGUUUCUGUUUUGAGCAACCACAUCUGUCUACCAGGAAUAUCAACAAAUCACGAUGAACCAUGGCUGACUUUUGCUUCGUUUUCUACAACGGCGAAUCGGCAGGCGUUCCGAAGACUUGCAUUGACCAGUCGUGCCUUCCUUGGUUUAUCGUAUCUGAAAUACGAUGAUCGGCAGCUUAGCUUCAGGUUGGUGGACCGUUGACGUCGAUGGUGAGUGAUGCCUAAUGUGGACUCCGGCUCUUACAAGUAAGAGAUAAAUGUCUCUACAACUCACUUGUGUCGGCUUUCCAAACAGCAGACACAACCCAACAGUUAUCUUCAGAGCGAUUACUGGCCGCUUUGUCAAGUCCGAGUCUAGUCUUCUCCGGAGGAAUCACGUCAAACAAUCAUCACCAUGGCCGACAAUUUGGACAGAGUCUGGUGGAAAGAUGGAGUGGUCUAUCAAAUCUACCCGGCGUCUUUCAAGGACUCAAACGGAGACGGAUUAGGGGAUAUACCGGGCAUCAUCAGCAAGUUGGACUACAUCCGAGAUCUGGGAGUCGAUAUCGUUUGGGUUUCUCCAAUGUUUAACAGUCCACAGAUUGACAUGGGCUACGACGUCUCAAACUAUGAGGAGGUCUACCCUCCGUACGGCACAGUCAAGGACAUGGAGGACCUCAUUGAAGCUUGCCACAAGAGAGGAAUGAGACUGGUUUUAGACCUGGUUGUCAACCACACUUCUGAUCAGCAUGCUUGGUUCAAGGAGUCGCGAUCCUCCAAGAAUAAUCCGAAGCGUGACUGGUACAUCUGGAAACCUCCUCGUUACGCCGAAGACGGAACACGGCUUCCACCAACGAACUGGCGGAGUUACUUCUCGGGCACUGCGUGGGAGUAUGACGAGCAUACCAACGAGUAUUACCUUCAUCUGUUCGCCAAGGAAAUGCCGGACCUCAACUGGGAAAACGAAGAGUGCCGCAAAGCCAUCUACGACAGCGCCAUGUGCUUCUGGUUGGAUAAGGGCGUGGACGGCUUCCGGGUUGACUGUGUGAAUAUGUACUCGAAGUCCACCGACUUCCUUGACGCUCCCAUCGUCGACUCUCGCUUCUACGAACAACCAGCAUGGUGCUAUUACGCCAACGGGCCACGCAUGCACGAGUUCCUGCGCGAGAUGAAUGAGAAGGUGCUCAACCGCUACGACGCUAUGACCGUCGGCGAGUUACCGCACACUCCUGACCCGAAGAGGGUGCUCAACUAUGUUGGACGCAAGGAUAAGCAGCUUAGCAUGGUGUUCCAGUUCGACAUCGUGGACAUCGGCCAAGGUGGCACGCACAAGUACCACUUUGAGGAGUGGAAGCUGCCAGUGCUGAAGAAGAUCGUCGACAAGUGGCAACGCUUCAUCGAGGGCACUGACGGAUGGACGACAUCCUUCUGCGAAAACCACGACCAAGGCCGUUCCAUUUCACGCUUCGCCUCCGACGCCCCCGAGUACCGCGUCCUCUCAGGCAAGAUGCUCUCGCUGAUGAUGUGCUCCUUAACCGGAACGCUCUUCGUCUAUCAAGGCCAAGAGAUCGGCAUGAUCAACGUGCCCAAGGACUGGCCGAUAGACUACUACAAGGACAUUGAGUCCGUCAACUUCUACAAGCUCAUGGCUGCCAAGACCAACAACGAUCCCGAGGAGAUGGCGUACGUGAUGCGCAGCCUCCAGACUCUGAGCAGGGAUAACGCCCGGAUACCUAUGCAGUGGGAUGACAGUCCGUAUGCUGGGUUCACCGAAAGGCAGGAAGGUGCCUGGGCGCAUGUCCACGACCUGUAUCCCGAGAUCAACGUGGCCAAGCAACUUGAUGAUCCGAACUCGACGCUCAACUUUUGGAGAGACAUGAUCCGUUUCCGCAAGGAACAUAGCGAGGUGCUCGUGCAUGGCACGUUCGAAGCGUAUGAUAUCGACAAUGAGAAGACGUUUGUGUUUGUCAAGAGAUUCGGAGGUAAACGCGUUGUGGUUGCUCUGAACUUUAGCAGUGAGGAGCAGGAGUUGGUGUUGCCGGAGCAUGAGAAAGGGUUGAAGUUUAUGGUUGGGAACUAUGGAAACGAAGAAGAGGGAGAAGGGGGGAUGAGAAGGUUGAGGCCAUGGGAGGGAAGAUUGUACGUGGCUGGAGGUGAUGCUUGAGAGCUGAGACACUCUGACGGACCCCUUUUCGGUUGAUCUUGGACCUUUCAGCUUAAGCUUGAACUUCAAUGACA